UUGCCGUCUCACUGAGAAAUCGAACGGUCGAUCUCAGCUGAAAAUGCCUGACUAGUGGGCGUGAAAACCCCCGCUGUGUGCCGAUGCGGUGGGAUAGUUACUCCAACUCGUGAUAAACCACUUUGUGAUCGCCAGGUCGUCGAGACGUUGCUUCAGAUAGUCUGCUGCUCAGUUGAUUUUUCUCCUUUCUCAUUUUUAUCCCUACUACAGAAAUGGCUACGCCUACAAGUGUUAUCGCCGAGCGGGGUGUGUGUCCGAUUCGCACCGCAGGAUGUUUGAUCAUCGGUGACGAAGUCUUGGGUGGAAAGAUUGCCGACACCAAUUCGCAUUUCAUGGCCCGAUUUUGUUUUGAACUCGGAAUAGAAUUGAUGCGAAUCGAAGUCAUCCGCGACAAUGAAGGCGAGAUCAUCGAGGCCGUCCGCCGCAUGAGUAACGCAUAUGAUCUUGUCGUGACAAGCGGAGGAAUCGGUCCGACUCACGACGAUAUAACAUUCGCCGCCGUCGCAAAAGCUUUCGACCUCGAUCUCAUGGUACACCCAGUCGCCCUGGAACGAAUGAAGAGCUGGCUACAGUCCCUACGCCCCGACACCCCCGUCGAUGAAGAAUCCCCAAAAUUCAAAGCCUUACUGCGUGAAAUCAACAUCCCCGUCGACUCGCGACGACCCCUCGAAGAGCAGGCCAUUUUCAACCUCGAAGACAGCUAUUCUCCAGUCCCAGUCGUCAACGGAAACAUCCAUAUGCUCCCUGGAGUCCCCUCGUGGUAUGAGAGAUUGCUCGACGGGCUGAAACCGUAUAUUCUGCCCCGUCUGGAUAGCGAAGCGGGCAAGAUUCAUCGCGUGUUGAUUUCCACACCUCUGCCGGAGAGUGAGGUUUCGCUGUUUCUGGAGGGUUUCGCGAAGCGGGUCGAGGCGGAUGAUAUUAAGGUUGGGAGUUAUGAACGGACGGGCUAUAAGAAUAAUACAGUCACGCUUGUUGGAAGACAUCUCGAUCAACUCGAACGCCUUGUCCCAGAGGUGGAAAAGGGAGUUAACGGUCGUCGCGUGAUGACGGAAGGAGAGGAUGAUUAAGUAUGAUUAUAGAUAAGCUAAAUUUAAAUAGAUCUUGGCUGUCGAUCCAGCCAAAAAGAGUUUACGAUUAAGUUACUCUGCAUAACCCAGAUUCCAUUAUAGAUUGCCCUUCUCAAUUCUAUAAGUGUGAUGGAAAGAACGUUUUCGAGAGCUGACACCCUACAAAACUCCAUUUCUCGGGAUGAG